CGAACAACAAUAAAUUAAACGGCUGAGAAAAAGUGAAUUAUAUAACAAGCACUUAAUAGAGCGAGGAAGAUAGUUCAAGGAAUAAAAUAACUACCAAAAAUUAAUUUCCGCAGGGCCUCUGACACAACACUGGAAUCGCUCUCUGAGAUGUGAAUGGGCUGACUCUGGCUGAGUGGCUAACAUAUUUGAGACAAAUAGUUCAGUUUAUCAUCCAUUCUUGCAUCCUGUAUUUCUCGACUCUGACUCAUUGUUAGAAAUCAUGAGUUAUUGGCUUUCACGCGAAAUCGUCAUGUUGAAAACCUCUGUUUGCUCCUUUCCAGAAACAGAUGUCAUGGGACAUCCUGUGGCAACUUAAGUUGUAGAUGUCCGAUAAAUCUGAAGAAAUUCGGAAAGUGAAAACACCACCUUGGUGGUGGUUCUGCUGUAAAUUCUGUUUCCUUUAGAAAUGAUAAUUUGCAAGAUAUUAGUCAACACAAUGCUUCAGGAGAUUUUUGUGCUAAUAAAAGCACUGAAGUGUUGUUUCACCAGAGAAAAGGGCAAAUGGGCCAUAGAUUGACAGUGGGCAUAUGUACUAAAAAAGCCAUAGAUUGCACAAAACAAGGACAUUUUUCAAUUGUCACUGUGUUGACAGAUGUGUUGGGCACAACACCUUAUCGUGCACAGAUGCCGUGAGUUCGUGCGCGUCAACGCUGUCAUACAGGAGCACCUGGAGAUCGCAACACGCACCAAUGCAGAUCUCGCAAGCGAGGUUCACAAGCUCACCAAGGAAUGGUGGCAACUGAACCGCUCACAGUCUGCAGAUCAGCCACAGGUGUUGGUGCCCGAGUCCGAGGCGCGCGCUGCCCGAGCCCAGGCCUCCCAGCUGCAGGGGAAGCUAAUGGAGGCGCGCAAGCGGCUUGCCCGUGAGCGGGCCUCCCACCGGGCACAGGUGGCCCAGGCAGCUCGGCAGCGCCAGCAGGACCUGGCCAACUGGCAGCGUCGUCGACUGCACCAAGCAGAACUGGCCCUGAGCGCAGCGCAGGACGAGGCCAGUGAACUCAAAGCACAUAUGGAGGCAGUCACAGGUGAGAAAUUGACCGGAUUACCGAAUAUUAUUAUACAGUUUAACCUCAAUAUAACAAACACAGGUGUAAAAAAAUAAAUCUAAAAUGAUUCUCACCGAUAUCAGUGUAAUGAUGUAGCACAGUGCAGUCCACUUAUAUUAUCCAGAAAAAAUAAAAAUGAUCGUCAUAACCAAUCGUCACUAUAUCUCGACUGGUGUCAAAAAAACAAAACGCUGCCAAACAUACCCUUGUAGCUCCGAAAUCGAAUUUGCCACUUAAAAUGAAAAAUUUACAUUCUUGGCAAUUAGGUGUGAGAAAUAGAACGUUUAAUUAGGCCUAUAAACAGCGUGUCAAGCAUUGGGUGUGCUGAAAUAGUCGGAUGUCUACACUUGCUUUCGUGGAAGUUUCAGGUUCACAACCACAGUGUGCAUCGCGUCCAGCGGCUGUGCGAAUACUGGCGGCAAUAAUUUAACAUGCAUGGAAUCAAUGAGUAGCUCUUUCAACGGUGGUGCACUUUGUGUGAACAUUGGGGUCAACGUAAAAGAGGGGUAAUGUCAAUCUCGUCGGCUCCGUCCCGCAUCGCCGCCAUCUGUCGCAACAACUAUCGCCCUGCUCGAGUUUCUUCGCAAAACGAGGCAGCUCUAUCUGGGCUCGCAAACUCCUCCAUCGAAGCACAACCUAUUUUAUCGCCAGUAGCGACGUGCUCCCAGAGUUCGGUAAUGUCAGCGGCUGCUACCGUGUUGGUUUCACACAUGGGGAUUUCGCCCUGGCAC